GCACCUGGACCAGCUCACCUGAGUGAACCUAUCUGCUGAUAAAGGUUCCGUUUCCCUGGCAACCACAGAGCGUCGGCCGCCGUGUAGCAGAUGGAGAGGAAGAUGGAGGAGAACGCUGCUAGAGACGUCGAGACCGGCAGUGAGGCUGGAGGAGAGGAUGCCUUGGUGGGCAACGUGAACAAGCUGAUGGUGAGUCCUCCAGGAUCCACAGGAGUUCCACGAAAAGGACACCUGGUGUUUGAUGCCUGCUUUGAGAGUGGGAACCUGGGCCGCGUUGACUACAUCAGUGAGUUUGAGUUCGACCUCUUCAUCCGUCCUGACACCUGCAACCCUCGCUUCAGAGUGUGGUUCAACUUCACUGUGGAGAACGUCCGGGAGACACAGAGGGUGAUAUUCAACAUUGUCAACUUCUCCAAGACCAAGAGUCUGUACAGAGAUGGAAUGUCUCCUGUUGUCAAGUCCACCAGCAGGCCAAAAUGGCAGAGGCUUCCAGCCAAGAACGUGUAUUACUACCGUUGCCCUGACCACCGACGCAACUAUGUCAUGUCUUUCGCCUUCUGCUUUGACCGGGAGGACGACGUAUACCAGUUCGCCUACUGCUACCCCUACACCUACUCCAGACUGCAGCAUUACCUGGCCAGCUUGGAGCGCAGGAACCUGCCUUACCUGCAGAGGGAACAACUGGGACUCAGUGUGCAACAAAGGCGUCUAGACCUGCUGACCAUCACCAACUCUGACCACCAGAGUCCAGAGAGGGAGAAGAAGCUGGUCUUCCUCACAGCUCGUGUUCAUCCUGGAGAGUCUCCUGCUUCUUUUGUUUGUCAAGGUGUGAUUGACUUCCUGGUGAGCCAGCAUCCCGUCGCUCAGAUCCUCAGAGAUCAUGUGAUCUUCAAAAUCGUCCCCAUGCUGAACCCCGAUGGCGUCUACUUGGGCAACUACAGGUGUUCUCUGAUGGGCUUCGACCUGAAUCGCCACUGGCAGGAUCCCUCUCCGUGGGCCCACCCGACGCUGCACGCUGUUAAACAACUCAUAGUGCAGAUGAACCAAGACCCGAGGGUGAGCUUGGAGUUCUACAUUGAUGUCCAUGCCCACUCCACCAUGCUGAACGGCUUCAUGUAUGGCAACGUGUUCGAGGACGAGGAGCGCGUCCAGAGACAGGCCGUCUUCCCCAGACUGCUGUGCCAAAACGCACCAGACUUCUCCUUUUCCAACACUUCCUUUAACCGUGACGUAGUGAAGGCCGGUACUGGUAGACGUUUCCUCGGCGGUCUCCUUGACGACACGUCCUACUGCUACACUCUGGAGGUGUCCUUCUACAGCUACAUGACAGCUGGCAGCACCGCCACCGUGCCCUACACCGAGGAGACAUACACAAAGCUGGGCCGAAACGUGGCUCGAACCUUCCUGGACUACUACAAACAGAACAACUUUAUCAAGGACAACCGGCCGACUCACAUUCAAAGCUCGGAGGCGACGUCCCAGACGGGCAACGGUAACGGGAAGGUCGGCGUCGUUGGCAGAGACUCAUCGGACAGAGAGAAGGAGAGGAGUGUCAGACACUAGAUGGACAGACGGACUCAGGCUGAGCAUGUAUAAAAUGCAGAGCGCCAUGGCAGGAGGAUCCUUCAUGCUUCUUCGCAUUUAUAAGCUCCACAUCUCCGCAGCUAUAAAGACCUAUUUUCACAGAUUUGUAACGUGGGAUGGCUGCUACUUGCAGGACUGAACAGGUUUCCUCCUGGGUUGUUUAGUGACUAUGAAACAUGGAGUAUUGAAACACUGAAGGGAGACGGACUGCUUAUCCAUCUGAACUCCAUCUGAGGCCUUCACUCAUUUUUGUUGUAAAAAAAAAGCAUGCUUCUUCAGUCUUAGUGACUUAUUCAAUGCUGUUAUUGUGUUAUUUGCUCUGUUUUAUACUAUAUUCAGCCAUUAAACAAUUAAGCACCUAAUCAUAAUGUUUCUGUCUUAAAUCAAUACCGAGUAGCCAAAUACGACCUUGUAGGGUUCAUUUGAUCAGUGGUUUGGUAGAUUUUCACAUCCAAUAUUUAGGAUUUUUUUUUUCUAAUUUUGGUGUUAUUUUUUUAAAACCACAAAUAACUUUAAAAGGUGCUACUAUGACCCUUAUAAUCUGCACAGUCUGAUUGGUCCUGCAUCACAAGUGGCAGCCAAUCAGUGAAGGAUUAAAGUGGAAACAUGUAAAACUAAGGCUGCACUUACAUUGUUUUAGCAUGAGCAAUAUGUAUCACAGCCACAUAGAGCAAAGCAAAUGAAUUUGAAUGCAAAAUGCUGCAAGUUUUUUGCCGCUUGAUAUGAAAAGAACCCUCACAUGUUUUUCAUUCUAAGACUGAUCUACAAAAGAAGUCUGUCUGGAUUACCAUUUACUUGAAUUUAGAAGUUCUUGGAUGAGUUUUUUUUUUUAAGUUUAUUUAAAAGUCACAGAGUCUGCUGUCUGUUUUAAAAUGUUGUUAAGAUGUUGUUGAGAUGUCAUUGAUUUUUUUGUGUUUCAUUUUGUUUUGUUUAUUUUUGCAGGGAAAAGUAAAGAAAAAGAGAACAGCCACAGAGCAAUAAAUACGCCUCAUAAAACAAUACAAAACUUAAAAGUCCAUCAGUGUGAGAUAAUAAAUCAAAGUCAGUAAAAACAAUAAAACUGUCUAAUGAUUAAAAA